AGAAAAAGAACGAAGAAGAAGAGCGUACGGACAUGCUGUAAUGUUUAUAAGGAUCGAAAAAAGGCAAAAGGGCUUUAGUUGCUCUUUGAGUCUGAAAGUGAAAACAAGUGAGAAAUUAAAGAAUUGCAAUCCAGUAAAACUAAUAUUUGUUAAGACAUUAAAAAUAAGCUAACGAAGGUUUCAAAAAUGCUCAUUCGGAUACUGUUCAUAUUAAUUUCACUGCUGAUCCUCGUUCAAUCAGCACCAUCACCAUACUUCACACGAAGCUUUGUGAAAACUCCAAGUUCAACAUACGAACAAUAUCUAAUUGUGCCUGAUAAAAGUGAUGCUUAUCGUGUCCCAAUGAGUCAAGUUCAUCAUUAUUCGGAUUUUCAAUUUCCAAAGCAACAAGUUGUCUAUUAUAAUCCAAGUACUGGCACCAAUCAGCAUAGAUUGCAAGCAUUAAAAAAUGAUAAUCCAUUAUGGCAAGAAAUGUUGAUGAAUUUACAUGGAAAAUCUGAUGAAAAUAUGUUGAUGAACGAUGCAGAAAUGUCAAAAAUGAGUACGGAACAUACGGAAAUGAAUGACAAUAGUGAACAAAAAGUCAUGAACGAAGAUACAAUGAGAAUGAUUCUAGAUCAAGAAAAUCCAAGUUCAGAUAUGAUGGAAAAAUUGAAGCGUGAUGAUACAAAAAUGAGUGAAAUGAUGAAAGUUUUAGCGGAAUCGACGACUUUUACUCCGAAAAUAUCGAUUCAACAAAUCAGUGUACCGUCAACUGAAGAUAUGACUCGUGAUGAGAUGAGCAACAUGAACGAUGAAACAGAGCAAAUGAGUGAUCAAAACGAUGGAGAAGUUGUGCCAAAUAUGAUGGAAUUGACACAAAACUCAACAAAUCAAAUAAUGCGAGCAAGUCCUCAAAUUCAUCCUGAAAUGACUAGAGUAAUUGUUCCAGAUUUAAAUAUUCUUGAAACUAAGAAUGAAAAUCUUAUUGAAGCUGCUGAAAAUGCACAAUCUUCAGAUUCCGAAGAAUUAAAUAAAAUUCAAACAGAAACACCAUUAGUGUCAAGAAUAGCUGAACUUAUUUCUAAUGUAGAACCACUAGAAAUGUCGACAGUUAUGAAUCGAGAUAUUCAGGCAGUUUCAACAACAGAACAACCACCAUUAAGAAGAUCAAAGGAUAUGACCCUCGAAAUUAUGAGAAAUAUCAAAGACCAUCCAGAGGUUAUGAUUAAAAUUGUUGAAUUGGCUGCUGCUAGUAUUCAAGAAAUGGAGUCAAAUUUAAGAAAUGAAUCAAUGGAAAAUGAAGAAAGAUCAACUGAACAAAGCACUACUGUCACCGAAACUUCUAGAAUGGAAUCAACAGAGUCUUCAGAAGCACUAAUAAAAACAGAUGACCAAGUUAAUAUGCUAGAAUCAUCUACAGUAAAUCCUGUGAAUUUAUUUUCAACAGAAUCUAUUGAGUCAUCCAGAGAUAUACAAAACAUUCUAAUGCCCUCAGAGCCUUCUGUAAGUGAUGAUGAAAUUAAAUUUUCCACAGAAACUUCAAUAACUUCAAUUGAGACAAGCACUCAAGUCUCAUCGGAAUCUUCCGUUCCACAAGUUCAAUCAAGUUUUGACGGUUCAAUGAUUUUAACAGAAAAUUCUGAACCUGAAAUAGAUAAUUCUAAUGAAGAAGUAGACGUUCCUUCAACAUCAACUCAAAUUUCAAUGCAGAACGUAUUAGAAACAACCGAAAGAGUCGAAUCCUUUAGUGAACCAGAAGAAGUUCGCACAGGCCUAUCAGAAUCUUCUGAAAAUAUUGCAGAGACAACACAAAUAACUGAAUUAACACCAAGUUCAACGGAAUCACUCCAAUCAGAGCAAAUGGAAUCAUCAACUCAGUUAGAAGAGCUAGAAAUUAUUCAAAGCUCUACAGAACCGGAGUUAUUUGAAUCAUCAAAAACAACAGAGGUCAUAAAUACUAUUAAUGAUGAGUCUACGGAAGCAAUAAAUGCACCAACAACUGAAUCAAUAACAUUGCAAGAAAGUUCAAGUAUCGAGUCAUCUGGAAUGAUACAACAAGUUCAAAUUAUUCAAAUAAGCAUGACCUCAAAAACUGACAAUUCAGAUCAAGUUAAUUCGACCAUGACAGAAAAUAUCGAGCAAUCUGUAACAAGAUCAGACAUCCCAUUAAAUGCAAAUGACAACGAAUCAAAUGGAAAUAAAGUUUCUUCAUCCGAAGAGCAAACAUCGUCCGAUUCAGGUGAAAGAGAAUCAGAUUCAAAAGAAGAACAAAUCACCUUGCAAGAAGCACCGCAAAGCGAAUCAGGAGAGACAAUGAGAGAAGGUCGUGUCAAUAAAGCUCCUACAAUGUUCUUGCAUAAUAACCGAUUUUAUGUAAUUUCUGGUGUUCCUGAGUUUUAUGCGAAUUUUGAUGCUUAUCAAAAUCCACGAACUCCAAUUUUUAGCCUUCAAGAGCUCCAGCCAAUUAGGCCAAUGAAUAAUGUUGCCAUACAAAACAUCGAGCCAUUCCGCAUUUACGUAGAAGAUAAUGAAGAACAAAAAUCAAGCACGCAAGAUGACAAUGAACCAUUCAAAAUACAGAGCAGCACAACAGAUAACCUGCGGAGUGAUAUUGAAAAUACACAGUCAAUAAAUAUGGAGCAAAGAGAGUCUGAAAUGCAAAGAGAAAUGACGGUUAAGGUGAAGAAACGAGUGCAAGAUCGGCAGUCGGCUAGUGAAGCAAAACAAGACGACGAUGAUGAGGAAGAGCCGUCAGUUGCACAGGCGAGUCCAGAAGCAACUUCCAUUUCUGGUCGAGGAGGUGUAGCGUCAGCUGGUCCAAAAGGCACAGCCUUAAGUAAUAAAGGUGGCAUUUCCGUAGCGUCUCCAAGGGCAACGGCAAUAGCUGGAAAAUUUAAAUUCAAUGAUUCUGAUGAUGGCAUCGAUGUAGAUUUUGAGGAUGAUGUGAAAGUACAAAACAGAAGAAGAGUGCAAGCAGCCAAGAGAAAAAUUAUCAGAGGCAGAAGAAAUUGGUGAAUUUAAAUUAAAUUAUGUAUAUUAUUCGGAUUCUCAAAAAAUGGGAACUCCUCCAAUGUAAGAUUUUGUAAUUUUUGAAUGCAUUAAAAUUUUAUGAUAAAGUUGAAUAAAAAAUAUUUCAUAAAUUCUUGAA